AUGGGGGCGGAUGAGAUACCAAAUGAGGUAUGGAAAUAUGGAGGAGAAGAGGUGGGGAGGUGGGCAGGGGACAUUUGCAGGAGGGUGUGGAGAGGAAAAGAAUGGCCAGAGGAAUGGAAGGAGGGAAUAGUAGUGCCAAUAAUAAAGAAGGGGAAAGGGGAGACAGUGAAGGAGUACAGAGGAGUAACACUGAUGCCGUCGUUGUACAAAGUUUAUGCGAAGGUGCUAGCGGAAAGAUUGAAAGAAGAACUGGAAGGGAAGAGAUUAUUGACGGGGAAUCAGGCAGGGUUUAGGGAAGGAAUGGGAACAAUAGACCAAAUAUAUGCGUUGAAUUAUCUGAUUAACAGGCAGACAUUAUGUUGUAUGAGCUGUUUAACAAUUAUUGAAAUCUUUCACCUUAUUACAUCCAUCAUCUAUCAUAUUAAAAAUAUAGAUAAUAUGAAAAUUAGCAACAGUUCCUGUGCAUGA